UUGUUUUUGUGCUUCGCAUUGUAGAGCCACAGGUUCCUUUAGUAGGUCAGAUGGUCCCGGAACAAUGUAAAGCCGAAACUAAACUUUUUAUUCUUGAUCUUUUUUAAUAAUUAUCUCUUUGAGUUACUUUUAUCUUGAUUGCUCAAACACAUCGAUAGUUUGUAGUAUGGAUAUCGAUGCUUUAUCAUGAAACUCCGCGCGCAGUAUGACAGAGCAGCAUAUAGCGAGUCAAGAAGAACGCAUAAACCGAGGGAUUCACUUGAUCCGAUGCAGCCCGAGCCUAGCCCACAGAACGGGACCGGGCUGUCAUUAACCCUGCAGCCGGAGCUGCUCGCCCGGAUGCCGGGUGCAGUAACAUCCGGAGGGCCGGAAACAGCCGAGGACGUGCGAGUUCCAAUCGCCAGCUCGACGAGCGGACGAAGUGCGACCUCGCGGAGGCCGAGAGCGACCAGUCACAGCCACUCUCAUUCUCACGCGCACGAGCACGACUCCGACAGCGCAGAGUCGGACCUGGAAUCUGGAGAAUCCAGCAGCUCGUUAUCAGAGCUCCGUUACAUUCUGAGAUGGGUCAAGAAGAGUCUUCCCUUCUUAGUCAUCCUGUGCUCAAAACUGAUCAUUCAGCACGCCCUGGGUCUGGCUGUUGCUGUCGGCUUGUUUACCACUUUCAUGUAUGUCAACAAGAACAUUCAAACGCAAGUGUUUCUCCAUGACCGAAGGACAAAGCUGCAGUGUGUCUGGCUCUUGUUGUUCCUCACAUCCUCCAGUCUUCUCCUGUUCUUCACUUUUUACUCUCAGUCACUUUACCGCUGCCUUGUCUUUGCCAACCCGAUGAUAGAUUCCCAAAAUUUCUGGGAGGUUUUAUGGUGCAUCGGUGUGACUAACUUCAUUGUGAAGUUUGUCUUCAUGGGGCUCAAGUGUCUUAUUCUCCUUGUCCCCUCCCCCCUCAUGGCAUACCGGCGAAGGGGUCAGUGGUAUAUGCUUCUAGAGGAAGCGAGUCAGGUGUAUCAGAUGAUUGCUCCUGUCCCUCUCUGGUUCCGCUAUCUGGUCAGCUAUGAUGAAAUCGAGUCUUCAGUAGGGUUGACUCUGGGAAUCAUACUGGCGCUGCUCUACCUCAUAAUGAAGCUUCUAGGUUUGUAUGGACAGUGGGGGUCGUUGCAAAAAACACUACGGGCUUUUCUCAGUUAUGAGGUGAAUGGAACACCUGCAACUUCAGCUCAAUGUGUAGAAGCAGGUGACAUCUGCCCAAUCUGUCAAGCUGAUUUUAAGCAGCCUCGGGUUCUCUUGUGUCAGCACAUCUUCUGCGAGGAGUGCAUCUCGCAUUGGUUUAACCAGGAGAAGACGUGCCCGCUCUGCCGCAUGGUUAUCUCUGACAAGGUGCAUAAGUGGAAAGACGGCGCGACAUCGGCUUAUUUACAGAUCUACUGAACGUGCUGCUGACCGACUGGAUGAAGACGAAGUAUUUAUAGUGAAUCAACUCAAAUGUCUCUAUCUUGUUAGAUUGCUGGGUUGACAUUGCAGCGCUUGGUAGAGGGCAGUAGUUAUUGGGUUAGUGGUGGAUAUCUCCAAAAGUCCCUCUCUUUGAGGUAGUUUGUAUGGAUAAAUCUUGUCAAAAAGACAAGCAUAUUCACCAGCUCUUUGUAUUAUUAUAAUUAAUGGUUAUUAUUAUUGUUGCACAGAAUCCCUUAAUUUUUAGCCUAUAAUUUAUAUAUUAUGGUGUUCUUGCCAUCUAUGGUUUUACUAAUAUUUUUGUCUUUUGGGGCAUAAAUUGAAAAAUACAAACUUUUGACGAAGAUGGGG